CUGGCGGUCUGCGCCGAUGUGCCCUACCGGCUGACGGCCUUCCCCACACCACUGGGCCACCGCUCUGAGGCAGCAGCCGAGGCCAGUCCUGAGGGUGUCCUGCUGGGCGUCCUGCACCACCUCCUGGAAGGCCAGUGUAACCCCGACCUGCGCCUGCUGGGCUGCGCUGUGCUGGCACCACGCUGUGAGGCCGGGCGACUGGUCAAGCCCUGCCGCAGCCGCUGCCACCUCCUCCGCACCGCCUGCCAGGCUGCCUUCGAAGCCAUCCACAUGGCUUGGCCCUACUUCCUCAAUUGCACCCAUUUCUUUGCCCCUGAUGAUGAUGCCAACGGCUGCUUCGACCCCCUGGAGGAGCUGCGAGGCGGCCUGGAGAAAGAGGAGCCGCAGCCCUCUGGCCCGCCGCCCACCUUCCUGCUCUUCAAGCACCACAGCUACGCAAACAUGGUGAGAGUGCUCCGGCGCACAGCCGCGCGCUGCGCCCGCGUGGCCCGCAUCUACAGCAUCGGGCGCAGCUUUCAGGGCAAGGAGCUGCUGGUCAUCGAGUUUUCCAGCCAGCCUGGCCGCCAUGAGCUGAUGGAGCCCGAGGUGAAGCUCAUCGGCAACAUCCAUGGCAAUGAGGUGGUGGGCAGGGAGCUGCUCAUCUACCUGGCCCAAUUCCUGUGCUCUGAGUAUCUGCUGGGCAAUGCCCGCGUGCAGCGCCUCCUCAACUCCACCCGCAUCCACCUGCUACCGUCCAUGAACCCUGACGGCUACGAGGUGGCGGCUGCCGAAGGCGCCGGUCAUAACGGCUGGAUCAGUGGACGGCAGAAUGCGCAGAACCUGGACCUGAAUCGCAACUUCCCGGACCUCACGUCUGAGUACUACCGGCUGGUGGGGGCCCGUGGAGCCCGCGCCGACCACAUCACCAUUCCCCAGCACUACUGGGGGGGGAAAGUGGCCCCCGAGACGAAGGCCAUCAUGAAGUGGAUGCAGACCACCCCAUUCGUGCUGUCAGCCAGCCUGCAUGGGGGCGACCUGGUGGUGUCCUACCCCUUCGACUUCUCACAACACCCAGCAGAGGAGAAGAUGUUUUCUCCCACCCCAGAUGAGAAGAUGUUCCAACUGCUGUCCAGGGCCUACGCCGAAGCCCACCCCAUGAUGACCGACAGGUCUGAGAACCUGGGGGGCAACUUCCUGAAGCUCGGGGGUGUCAUCAACGGAGCUGACUGGUACAGCUUCCCGGGCGGCAUGUCCGACUUCAACUACCUGCACAGCAACUGCUUCGAGGUGACUGUGGAGCUGGGGUGUGUGAAGUUCCCACCUGAGGGGCUGUACCCACUGUGGCGCCACAACAAGGAGGCGCUACUGCAUUUCCUGGAGUCUGUGCACCGUGGCAUCAAGGGUGUGGUGAUGGACAAGUUCGGCCGGCCAGUCCCCAACGCCCGCAUACUGGUGAAGGGCAUCCGCCAUGGUAUCACUACAGGUGGCCUCGACGGUGGAUAUUGGCGGCUGCUGCCCCGGCUCCACCUGGUUAUUGCACAAGCACCUGGCUACUCCAAGGUCAUCAAGAAGGUCACCAUCCCUGCACGCAUGAAGCGGGCUGGCCGUUGGGACUUUAUUCUGCAGCCAUCAGGGGCAGGGCCAACAAGGCUCCCUCAAAGUCAGAAAGAAGAGGGCCAGGGCACAGAACCCUCUCCCAGGCACAGCCAUAGACCCUCUGAAGGAGGAGGAUGGGCACAGCCAUGGUGGUGGUCCUACUUCGCAUCGCUGAGCCGGCACCAGCCACGCUGGCUGCUCAAUACUAACUACAGCACGGGGCCCAUUUCUCAUAAAUUUGAUGAGAAGAAGAGGGUGAAAGAGACAAGUAUGGACUUGGGCGAGAGCUUAAAACCAUAUUUAGAGAAAAAUAAUUUUCAUCAACUCUAUGGCACAGAAUUGAAGAGAAUAAGAGGUGAGUUCCUGGAAAAACAAAAUCAGAUCUAUAAAAUUGACCUAAGUAUUGAUGGGGCAGCCGCGGGAGGCCAGGAGGACCUUGAGCAUGUGGUCAGCCCUGAGCAGGGCCAGGCUGCUGGGCUUCUUGCAGCAGUGAGAAAGUUCUGGAGCUGGAUAGGGACAAUGUUCGUGAGGAUCUGCAGAGUCUGGUCUGGAGAGCACAGGCUGCGGAGUCUCCUGGUCCCACAGCAGGGGCUCUGGGCUGCCUUGAGCGGGGCUUGGAUGCAGGUUUGUAGGCUCAAGGGGGUUCCAAGCCUGGGGCACCAAGAUGCAGAGAAGCUGGGGGAGACUGCCGAGCAAGACCUCAAAUCCCAUCAAGGUUCACUCGCCAGGGAACAGAUGAGUAGAAAGGAGCACGACAGCUCUGCUCCACUUCUUUACGUGGCCAUGUGGACUGGCUGGCUUGGAGGUGCUCUUGCCUCACCUGAAAACAUCUUAGUGAGACACUGGGCCCAGGAGUGCAACAUUGUCAUGGCUGUGUUUCUCCAGGGAACGAUAUGUUCAGCCCUCGCCUCCCCAAACAAGAAGGUGGGGGCUGCAUGGGAUGAACCUCUGUCCCCCUCCAUCCCCCAGACAAACAAAGCCACAGGGCUUCCUUUUCUCUUCCAUUCCCUGGAGAAUUCUCAAGUCCUGCAGGUGCCACCAAAGAACCCAUGCUCAGCUCUCAGGGAGAUCUCACGCAGCUAUGCAGAGACGGGCAUGGGUGAGCCCCAGCACACUCUCGAGGACCUGGGCAGCCGUGUCCUUUCUCACUUGCCCGAUGGCCCCAAAGGACAACAGGUGUGUCAGCUUCAAGGCAGUACUGAAGGCAUCAUUGUGGGGCCCAGAAAGAUGCUGAGAAGGGACAUCCCUUGGCCUGGGGUCUUCUGGGGUGUGUCCAACUUUGAAAGUUGGAGGAAAGAUGGUCUGCGGGGGCAGCCAAUUGAGGGGCCUGAUGAGCUUUGGAGUAGCAAAGGAGAAUUUAUGGAGGAUGAAAACAGUUUAACUAAGCCUGGAGCCCAGCCGUGGAUCUGGCUGGAGAAAGCAUUUUCCAUGGGGCCCACGCAAGUCUGUUUUGUCCCAAGGUCCAGGAUCCUUGGGCUCUGUCCUGCCUGCCACUAUCGUCUCCUGAGACCUCGGCAGAGUCCCAAGCUCCAGCUUGCAGUCAGGGAACCUGAGAGAUGA